CCCUGGACAUUGCCGUACAUGGUAAAAGAGAUUUCGCAAUCCGCUCCCUUCCAUGUUCCAAACAAAAACACUCAGAGCUCAGACAGACGGAAUUAAACUCCAACUUUCUACCCUAACUUUUUCUGCUUUGACGGAUGGUUGACUCCACCGCCGCCCUGUGAAGGUUCUUUUGAGGUGACGGAUUUUCUCUUCUACUUCCUGUUACUGUUUCAUCUCUACACCCGAGGAGACUCUGGUAAGAGAUCAGCACCUGCAGGCAGCACAUCCAAAUGAGCCGGCCGUCCCAGCCGAAACUAACCACAUCUGACCACAACGGCGUGAGCGUCAUCCAGAGUCAGGCCCACGCCUCUUCCUCCUCGUCUCUGCCGGCAGCUGUAGCCGGACUGCAGCAGGUCCCUCAGCUCGUCCCCGCCAACCCUUCAGCCGGAGGUGGCAAGGCCCUCCCACCCAGCAAGAUGAAGAAGCCUCCAGCAGACAAGGACAGUGAGGAGUACCGCCAGCGCCGCGAGCGCAACAACCUGGCGGUGAAGAAGAGCCGCAUGCGCAGCAAGCAGAAGGCGAUGGACACGCAGCAGCGCGUCAACGAGCUGAAGGAGGAGAACGAGCGGCUGGAGGCCAAGAUCAAACUGCUGAGCAAAGAGCUGAGCGUGCUCAAAGACCUCUUCCUGGAGCACGCCCACAACCUGGCCGACAAUGUGCAGCCACCAGCAGGCGCAGAGGGCUCCAGCCCUGCCCCCAACAACACCUCCACCAAUGGGCAGUGAGGGAGGGGGGCACAGGGACAUUUGAUAUCUGCAGCUUUUCUGGAAACUUUGGAAACAUGGCCUCACAUUUUCUUCACUGCUUUUCUGUGGUUUAUUAGUUAUUUUGUCAUAUUUAACCCGUUAAGCCCCCCCGCCCGACUUUAAUUAUGCAUCUGCCAAAAUGUCCACCAGGGCUCCUGUAGUCCUCCUGGAAAACCUGGAAGAAUGUAUUUUCCAGCACUAAAAAAGUUCUGAAAAAUAAUAACAGGAGGCAGGUUUAGAAACAUUAAAACAGAAACAUUUAAAUUAAUUUAAUUCAGUACAUCACUAAAAUAUUUUAAAAACCAGUUGCAGUUUGUGUUAAUUGGACAAUAACUUUUAAAACUCAGUCUCAUCCAGACUAUGUCCUGGAAAAGUUUUUGGACUGUGACCAAGGGAGAACCUGAUCCACCAGAACAGACUGUCACCAUGUGAGAAACCAAAAGGAUUGAAAGGUCACGUUUAUUGAUCCAUCGAUUGAUUGGAGAAAUGUGAGGAGAUGUGAACUCCUGUUUAAACUGAGAGAUGUCGUCCAAUAAGAAUUCACCUCCGGAGAAACUGGACCAGUGAGCAUCUGUAGGAAAAAAAAACACACACUUCCUGAGCUUCCUCUUCCUGUCAGCUCGACCUGGUUAAACCCAGAGUGUGACAGGCUGGAUGUGGACGAUGCUGGACGACAUGUCUGAAUAACUCUGCACAGCUGCAGGACAAAGAUGUAAAUUCUUAAAUUCCCUUUUUUAGGAUGUGUAUUUUCUUCUGUCAUUCUACAAAGAGUUUUUGAAAAAUGUCUAGUUAACAAAACCUAAUGAGAGAAUUUUUAAAGUUGUACGUACGUUCACUACAUGUUGAUGUUUAAAGGACAAUUCUGGUUUUUAAAGGCCCGCUCUGUUUAAAAAUGAUUAUUUUAAGACUCAAUAUAAAUACUUAAAAAAACCUUUUUGAUACUUUGCUCAGUGUACUCCUUUAGUUUCCAGUUAAUAAAUUAAGAUAAACCUGUAUAUACAAAAAAAAACCCCAACAGAAUUGUCCUUUAUCAGGUGGUUCUCUGGACAGAAUGGAAUGGCUUGAGUUGCACACUUUUAAUGUUUGUGUCUUAACAGAGUCAGUGGAGUCUUUGAUUUUUCUGCAGAGAGGGCAGCCUGGGUCACACUGUCAUAUCUGUGGCUGAUAAACCUGCAGGUCCUGGAAAACAUGGAAUAUUUUUAUUCCAUGUGUCCAAUAGUGGAAGAGACAAACAGAGCAGAACAUCCUGAGACACUUUGUCCUGUUUUUACUUCUGACCAGGCUGAUGUUGGCCGUGUAGAUGAUGAACUGAUUAUCAGAAUAGCUGGUGAUAAAGUUCCCACUGAUCAGCUAAUCAAUUGAUUUCUUGUUUUAGCUCUAGCUGCUUCAUGUUGAUUGAAAAGCUCUCAUAUUUCAGCAUUUGUUAUUGGUGAUGCAUCUCUUAGAUUUUAAAGUAACAACAAAUGUUCAUCUCUACCUCCUCAGUCUGUUUUCCGCAGUCUGAAAACUCAGACAUUCAGCUCAUCAUGAUUUAAACAGAGAGAAUCAUCACAUCUGGAUCCAGAUGUUGUUUGGAGUUUUGACCCUGAGUCCUCUGUCAUCAGCUGUUUGUGUGAAACUUGCCACAGAUAUGACAUUCAGACCCAGGCCGUGUGUUUAAAAAAUACCUUCAGCUGCGACCCCGCCUGGCUCUCCUCUGCCCCUCACCUCCACCUGGCAGGGGAGUCCCGGUCCAGACAGGUGUGUGUCUGUUUGUUUGUGGUGCUGGGCGGACCCAGACACUUCAGACAAACCGCAGCUUUAAUUAAAUCCAGUUUUUAACCAGGUCGGGUCGUUAGCCGUCUGCUAAUGAGAUCUGAACAGAUCUGGACAGGCCCCCCCCACCAAUCGCGGCGUGCUGACGGGGCGGGACCGCAGCGUGUUGUUAUCAGACUUUAUAAUUAUGAGAGCUUUGUGCGGGUGUGGAGUGUUUUCCAAAGGAUUUGUCUGUCAGGAGCUUCACCUCCCUGCAGGAAUGUUGUUGUCUGUCUGAGUCCUGCUGCUCCUCCUGAGCCGCUCAGCUCAACGUUCCCACAAUGUUCCCGUCAGGCCGUGGCUGUAAACAGAUGUCGUGUUCCUCCACAGGUAGAGUUUGGCUGCAGGGUUCUAAGGAAUAAUCCACUCUUUUCUGCAGCUGAUCAGUCACAAAAUGUUUCAUUUUCAUUUUAAGUUGUGUGGUAUUUAUGAGCUGUCAACCGUUUUCGACACUAGCACGUGUUUCCUGAGAAAUGAGCAGAUCUCUGUCCUUCAAACCCUGCAGCACUGUGUUUCUGUUCUGUCCCCAUUCAUGUACUGCAGAUGUAUUUUUGAAUUCUGUCAUUGUAAAAGUGCACACUGAGUCUUCGAUCUGGUAGAUAAAUGACAGAAAGAAAAGAAACCUUCAGGACUUAAAUAUGUUUGUGCACGAUUCCUGUUUUUACAGACACAGAUAUGAUGUUUGACUGUGUUCAUGAGUUAAAAUAAUGUUUAUGUUUAACAUUGCUUGAAUAUUCUGAAAAGAAAAUACUCAGAACAGCAUUUUAAAAAUGUUAUAACAGGAGUCUGACUCACUGAUGUGGAUCUCUGAGGCUGAUAUUAGUAGUAAAAAUAUCUGAUAAAGGAUUAUCAGCUGAUGUGUAUUUUGUUUACAUUGUUUGAACUCGUCAGAACCGUGACGUAACGUUGUGGGAACGUCUCCCGCUCGCUGGGUUGAGCCUCACCGAGCACGGCCUUCAUCUUUUUCACUUUUCUAUGGUUUGUUUUUUCUACUCUUUUCUUCCAAGCAGCAGCAUGUUUAUAGAGAAGUCUUUGCAUGAGGGGGGAGCACUGCGUGUCUGCACUCAGAUUAAAACAAAUGUUCAGCUCUGACCAUAGAGUUGCUUUGGAAACAGAUUUGAUUCUGUUAAUGCUGAUUUCUGUAAAAUAACUGAUGUGUUGGGGUGUUUGUCAUGUUUUGCUUUGGUCUGAAUGUUGCUGGGCAGCAUUUCUCUGUCACUGUCACUCAGCUUUUUUUAUAUCACAGGAGCCUGGGCUAACGUGCAUUGUAAAUUAAAAUUGAGUAUAAAAGUUAAA